AGGGGGACACGGUUGUGACAGGGGGGACACGGUCACGGAGGUUGGGCAUGGAGGGCCGUGGACAUGAAGGGGUGGACAUGGGACGCAGAGGGACACGGAUGUGACACGGGGGACACGGACGUGAGGGGGUGGGCACGGAGGGACAUGGAUGUGCGUGGGACACAGAAAGGGGUGGGCACCCAGGGAUUCGGACGUGAGGGGCAUCAUCGACAGGAGAGGGGACACAUGGGGGGACACGGGCACGAGGGGGUGACUUAAAGGGGCAGUGACACGAGGGGUUGGACACGGAGGUCACAGAGGGACACAGAUGGGAGAGGGUGGACGUGGAUGGACGCGGUCACGUGGGGGUGGACACGGACACAGGGGACACAGAAGGACACCAAUGACAGGGUGGACACGGACACGAGGGGGUGGACACAUGCGAGGGGAUGGACGUACAGGGACACGGACACGAGGGGGGACACGGACACAAGGGAGGGACACGGACACGAGGGGGGACACGGACGGGAGGGAGGGGACAUGGAGGGACACGGACGUGAGUGUGCACGGACAUUCACAUGCGGGGACGGACACACGGACACGGAUAUGGGUGGGUGGACAUGGAAGGACUUGGACACCAGGGGGCGAACACGGACACGGUGGGACAGAGGGACACAGAGGGACACGGGGGGGACACAGAGGGACACGGGGGGACACGACGGGGACACAGCAGGGGUGGGCACAAAGGGGCUUGGAAACGAGGAGUGGACAAAACCAUGGUGGACUCGGUGCACGUGGGACACCGACACGAGUGGCAGCCACGGGGAGGACACGGCCACGGGAGGGACACCAGGAUGGGGACACCCAGGGGACAGGGACACCCAUCCACGCACAGAGCCCCCCAACCACCCAGCCCUGGGGUCCCUUCACAUGCGGGGGGGGGGUCCCCGUGCUGCCAGUGGGGGGGUCUGUGUGCCCACGUGUGCCCCCCAGCCCUCGGAUGCUCCCAGGGCACCGGGGACCCCCAGCCGGUGCUGGGGGGAUGUUCAGAACCCCAGGAAAGGAUUAGAGGGGGGUCCGACGGGGCCAGGGGGUGCUGAGUUGGGGGGUGCUGCCCCCCUGCCCCCCCUCCGGGGCCGGCUACGCCCUAACGGGGUGACACGGAGCCGCCGGACCCGCCCGUUCCUCUUCCCCGCACCAGCAGCAGCGGCCGGAGCGCAGGCGUUCCCGGUGUGCUGGAGGGGUCAUGGGGGUCCCUGCAGCUCCUCUCAUGCUGCUGCUGCUGCUGCUGCUGCGCCCUGUGACCCCCACGAGCCCCACGGUCCCCGUGUCCCGCUGCUUCGGCGUGCUGGGGGAUGAUGCCCAAGACCUGGACCUGACCAACAAAACCCGUGGAUGUGCCGAGCUGGACUUGGGCCCUUUCUACCAGAAGCGAUGGCUGUUCCUGAGCCACAACGGCAUCGAGGCCCUGAGCCCCUCAUCCCGCCUCGGGCCCAGGCUGAAGGAGCUGGACCUGAGCUACAACCGGCUGCGGGAGCUGCCCGAGGGGCUCUUCACCCAUGCCACGGCCCUGAGCACCCUGAAGCUGGAGGGGAACCCCCUCUCUGCCGUGCCCCCCGACGCCUUCCAUCCCUCCCUCACCUCCCUCUCCGUGUCCUGCCGCUGCGACGUGGUGGGCACCGUCCUGGCCCCCUGCGCCCACCCGGCCACCCGCUGGUGCCGCUGCUUCACGUCCCACCAGGAGCCCCUGAACGUCACGGAAUUCCACGGCCGGGAGUGCGGGGUCAGCGCGGGGCUGGUGGGCGGCGUGGCCGGGGCGGUGGCCGCGGUGGCCGCGCUGGUGGCCGUGGGCGCUGCCCUGGUGUGUUAUCGGCGGAGGAGGGCGGGGGCCGCGGUGGCCGGGGCGGGGUGGGGGAAGCAGGACCCCGGUGCGGGCGUCCGGCAGCCCCAGUACGUCAGCCGGGACGACGGGAUUGGCACCAACGAGGUCGCCGAGGUCGCCGAUGUGCCCGACUACGAGAACGUCUUCGUGAGCCCCGGCACCGCCCCGGCCACCAAGCAGGGAUGGGCACCGGGGUGGAAGGAACAGCGGUACAGCCCCCAGGUCCCGGAGGAUGAGAAUUAUUUCCUGGAGAACGAGGCUGAUCCCGGGGACCAGCCCAUCUACGCCAACACUCUGGGCCCCACCGAGGACGUUUACAUCAUUCCCGACCACUGAGGGGACUGGGAGGGACUGGGGGUGGGGGCGAGGAGGACACUGGGGGGACUGGGAGGGACCCUCUGCCCCCUGCUGUCUUCCCCUGCUGUCCCCCCAGCCCAGAGGGGACAGGGACAGCCCACGGCUCCACGGGCUUCCCCACGGCCGGGCCGGGCACACGGGUGGUUCCCACGCGACAUUUCCUGUGGGAAUGCCUCCCUGUGGGGGGGUUGGUUUUAACACCCCCCGGCCCCAGGCCCUGCCACGGCCCCAGUUCCCACCGCAGGGCUCAGCAAGGGCUGAGCUGACACUUCCUCCCGGGGCCGGUGGCCACCGACUGCGGGGACGCCUCAUCCGCCGGCAGCCGGAGCCUUCCGGCCCCGGGGCGCACGCGGGGCCCCCGGGGAGGAGCAGGGCCAGGGGGUGACCACGGCCUUGGGUUCCUCUUCCCCUUUUGGGGCCGAUGGGGAGCGUCGGGGGCAGCGCUGGCUCGGGGCCGUGCCGGCGGUUGGGCACAUCCGGGCCCGGCUGUGCCCCCCGUUCUCCUCCUGCUCAAUCUGCCCCUCUGGGGAAUGGAGGGAAAAUCCUUGUUUUCAGUCCUCCUGGCGAGACCCCGAGUUUGGGCACCCUGAGGGGAACGGCAGCCUGGGGGACAAGGGGACCCCCUGUGCCUUGUGUGGGUGUCCCCUCAUCCAUCCCCCCCACCCUUGACCCCUGUGAGGCUUCACUGUGCCCAUUAAAUGGUUUAAUUGUCUUUAAUUACCCGUGGAGCUCGUGGUCUGUGGGGAGCCCUGGGCAGGACACAGGGCUUUUCCCAGUGGAAGGUCCCUGGAGCUCCAAAAGCACGUGUCCCCAAAGUGGGGGUCCCAAGGAACCAGAACCCUCAAGGACAGGUCCCCAAAGCCUUUGUCCCCAAAGUGGAGGUCCCAAGGGACCAAGAGCCCCAAGGACACGUCCACAGAGCCCAUCUGCCCAGGGCAGGGGUCCCAAGGGACCAAUACCCUCAAGGACAGGUCCCCAGAGCCCACGUCCCCAAAGUGGUGGUCCCAAGGGACCAAGACCCAGGUCCCUCAAGUCCGUGUCCCCAGAGUGGACAUCUCCAUAGCUUGUGUCCUUCAAGCCCUGGUCCCCAACGCCCCCAUUCCCAGAGUAGAGGUCCCCAUAUCCCACAUCCCUCAAGCCCGGGUCCCACCAGCAGCUGCCGAGGGGCCGGGAAGCCCAGGACACCCCCGGAUCCCAGCGGGAGAGGGGACAGGACACAGAGGAGCUGUGACCAGCACAGCCACCCCAUGAAGCCGUGGUGGGGACACACCAUGUGCCCCCAAACCCCUGUGGGGGGUUUCCCCCACCCCUUGGUGCCCGUGGGGUCCCGGGGCCGGAGGCACCUGGAAAUCGGGUGACGGCCCCAUCCUGGCUGGACGUCCCUCCCGGGGGUCAAGGCUGUGCCCAACACCCAUCCCAAGGGCAUAAACAACUCAAAGGUCUCUGGAGCAGUGCCCAGAUCUUCCUGACACGCUGGCAGCAUGGCACUGGAAAGCCACGAGGAUUUACCAGCAAAUCCAUAUGGAGUCAGAUCCCAAGGGAGCUGAGGGAGCUCUGGUGGGAGACCCCCCCCCAAGC